AUGAAGACAACAAUCGUUCUCUCUGCUCUCCUGGGUCUCGCUUUUGCUUUGCCCACACCUGAAAAAAUGGCCCGCGGUGAGGACGACACCGCAAUCGGUGCUGACAUCGUCUGGGCACGCAGCGAAGACGACACCGCAAUUGGCGCCGACAUCGUCUGGGCACGCAGCGAAGACGACACCACAAUUGGCGCUGAUAUCGUCUGGGCACCAUAA